UCAUGAGAUGGCCACGGAUGACAAGUCCUCGCCCACCCUGGAAUCCGGCAGCGACCUGCCCAGGUCUCCCAGCAGCCCUUCCCAUCUCACCCACUUUAAGCCUUUGACUCCUGAUCAAGACGACCCCCCCUUUAAGUCGGCCUACAGCUCCUUUGUAAAUCUUUUUCGUUUUAGCAAAGAUGAGGUCAGAACAGUAUCUGCAGCGGACCGAUCGGAGUCCGGUCCUGGUGACCACGCAAUAAGGAACACCUGGUCCAGUCCGCAUCACUCGCCAUCGUUACAGUCUAUAAAGUUUCCAGUGCAGUAUAAGAAGCAGUUACUGGGAGAGCGAAGGUCCUCGGCCAGCUCAGAGACGAGAAGAAAAGCAGAGGCCCCUCUGGGGCACGACCCGCGGACGGCCGUGCAGCUGCGCAGCCUGAGCACCGUCCUCAAGCGUCUCAAAGAGAUUAUGGAAGGAAAGAGCCAGGACAGUGACUUGAAGCAGUACUGGAUGCCGGAUAGUCAGUGUAAAGAGUGCUAUGACUGCAGCGACAAGUUUACCACCUUCCGACGGAGGCAUCACUGCCGGCUGUGCGGACAGAUCUUCUGCAGCCGCUGCUGCAACCAGGAAAUUCCGGGGAAAUUCAUGGGAUACACAGGGGAUCUCCGGGCUUGUACCUACUGCUGCAAGAUUGCCAUCAACUAUGCACACUCCACCGACAGUCAUGCCAUUGGCGAGGACCUGAAUGUGCUGUCCGAUGCCUCCUGUUCCAUCUCCGUACUGGAUCCUGGGGAACCCCGGACGCCAGUGGGAGGGAGGAAGUCUAGUCGCAACAUUUUCCUAGAGGAAGAUCUGGCGUGGCAAAGCCUCGUUCAGCAGGAGCCUACAAAGCCGUCACUGACGACGCGACUGGUCUCUGUGCAAGAAGACGCUGGGAAGUCGCCUGCAAGGAACCGGUCUGCCAGCAUCACAAACCUGUCACUAGAUCGUUCCGGCUCGCCCAUGGUGCCAGCCUAUGAAUCCUCUGUCAGCCCCCAGGCCUCCCGCACCUACCUGAAGAAUGACGCCAACGAAGAGGAGAGGAAGAUACUUCUGGACUCUGUACAACUGCGGGAGCUCUGGAAGAAAAUCUGUCACCACAACAGCGGCAUGGAGUUCCAAGACCACCGCUACUGGCUGCGAACGUACCCAAACUGCAUUGUGGGAAAGGAGCUGGUUAACUGGUUAAUCAGGAAUGGACACAUCACUACUAGGGCUCAAGCUAUAGCAAUCGGACAAGCGCUUGUAGACGGCAGGUGGUUGGACUGCGUCACUCACCACGAUCAGCUCUUUCGUGAUGAAUAUGCCUUGUACAGACCCCUACAGAGCACGGAGUUUUCGGAGACUCCGUCCCCCGACAGCGAUUCGGUGAACUCCGUGGAGGGACAUUCGGAGCCGUCGUGGUUCAAGGACAUCAAAUUUGACGACAGCGACACGGAGCAGAUUGCAGAUGAAGGAGAAGAUAACCUAACCAACUCCGCCAGUCCUAGCAAACGUACGUCGGUCAGCAGCUUCCAGUCCGCUAUGGACAGCGACUCGGCCGCUUCCAUCAGCCUCAAUGUGGAGCUGGACAACGUCAACUUCCACAUCAAGAAGCACUCCAAGUACCCCCACGUUCCCCCUCACCCUGCUGACCAGAAAGAGUUCCUUCUGUCAGAAGACGGUGAGCAGCAGAUCAUUUCCAUCAGUGACGCUUUCAUCAAAGAAUCUUUGUUUAACCGACGAGUGGAAGAGAAGUCCAAGGAUCUGCCCUUCACGCCGCUGGGUUGGCACCAUAACACCCUGGACCAGUUGAGGGAAGAGAAUGGGGAGAAGCAGGCGAUGGAGAGACUCCUGUCUGCCAACCACAGCCACAUGAUGUCUCUGCUGCAGCAGCUGCUGUACAACGAGUCCCUGCACCUCUCCUGGCGCGAUAUCAUCGUGCCGGUGGUGUGUCAGGUGGUGCAGACCGUCCGACCGGACGUGAAGAGUGACGACGAUAUGGACAUCCGCCAGUACGUCCAUGUAAAGAAGAUCCCCGGAGGGAAGAAAUCGGACUCAGUAGUGGUUAAUGGCUUUGUCUGCACCAAGAAUAUUGCCCACAAAAAGAUGAACGCCUGUAUCAAAAGCCCCAAAAUUCUGCUGUUAAAAUGCUCCAUUGAAUACUUGUAUCGAGAGGAGACCAAGUUUACCUGCAUCGACCCCAUCGUCCUACAGGAGAGGGAAUUUUUGAAGAACUAUGUGCAGAGGAUUGUGGAUGUACGACCCACGCUGGUCCUGGUGGAAAAGACGGUGUCCAGGAUUGCGCAGGACAUGCUCUUAGAACACGGAAUCACCUUGGUUAUUAAUGUUAAACCGCAAGUCCUAGACCGGGUGAGCCGAGUGACCCAAGGGGACUUAGUUAUGUCUAUGGAUCAGCUGUUGACGAAACCUCGCCUUGGCACCUGUAACAAGUUCUAUAUGCAAGUGUUUCCAUUACCCAACAAUGAGUCUAAAACACUGAUGUUCUUUGAGGGAUGCCUGCCACAUCUGGGCUGCACAAUUAAGCUGCGCGGAGCCUCCGAAUACGAGUUGGCGCGCGUCAAGGAGAUAAUAAUCUUUAUGAUUUAUGCAGCGUACCAUUCCCAGUUGGAGAUCUCCUUUCUCAUGGAUGAGUUUGCUAUGCCUCCAACUCUACCUAAAAGCAGCUCUUUCCGAUCCCUCAUUGAAGGCCACGAGGAGGACGGCAGCCAGAGAGACCUCUUUAAUGGCGAGGAAUGCAGCGUUCUCAACUGGGAAUCCGACCGCUCCUCCGAGAGACUGCAUGCGACUUCCGAUUCUCAGUCCUCGGAGGAUAUUGACUCUGAGGAACCUGGAGAACUGGACAGUAGGGGUUUUGAAACAUCUUCCUUAACACACCUGGGCCCACCCAGGGUAUUAUCGACCUCGUCACUUUUGUCUUCCGUUUCUAUUGAACCUGAGCUGCUUACGCAAAUGUGUCACAUACCUGGUAUUUCAAAAGACGACCAUGGCUUGCAACCACUUGAGCAAGAAGAACCCAAAAGUCCACACCGGCUUUUCAGAGACCCUCUGCAAGAUGAUACCGGGCUGUACAUAACGGAGGAGGUCACGUCAACGGAUGACCGGCUCAAAGUACUCUCUGUAGCAUUUAAGCAGGAGCUGAAAGAUGUCAUUUUGUGCAUUUCUCCCAUUAUCGUGUUCAAGGAACCCUUUUUGUUAACAGACAAGGGCAUGAGGUGCCCCAGUAGGGAGUACUUCCCAGAGCAGGUGUACAUGUCCCCGUUACUCAACAAGGAGAUGAAAGAAAUGGAGAGCCGGAGGAAAAAGCAGCUCUUGCGCGAGCUUUCCAGCUUACACGGGAUGAACGGAAGUGUGCCGGGAAGAGCCAUCGAGGUGCUGCCGUCUCACGAGCUGCUAAGCACCAGAAUUGCAGAGCACUUGGGCGAUAGCCAGAACCUAGCUAGGAUUCUAGCAGAUUAUCGAGCUAGGGGAGGCAGAAUAAGACAGAAGGAAGAUGGGGACCCAUUUGUGCAAACCAAGGAAAUGCCGAACGGGCUUCUGAGUAAAAAUGAAUCCAAGUACGACUUGGAGGAAGACAAAGGGUUAAGUCAAAAUGAAAUGUCUUGGAACACUAAGAUUGAUUGCCUUAGUACAUUGAACCACCAGAGGCUGUGUGUCCUGUUCAGCAGUUCCAGCGCUCAGUCUUGCAAUGCCCCCAGUUCCUGCGUUAGUCCAUGGAUUGUCACAAUGGAGUUUUAUGGGAAAAAUGACCUGACGUUGGGUGUAUUCCUAGAGAGAUACUGCUUCCGACAGUCCUAUCAGUGUCCCAGCGUGUUCUGCGACACGCCAAUGGUGCACCACAUACGGCGGUUUGUGCACGGAAGUGGAUGUGUGCAGAUCAUACUAAAGGAGCUGGACUCGCCUGUCCCUGGCUACCAACACACCAUCCUUACUUACUCCUGGUGUAGGAUCUGCCAACAGGUCACCCCCGUUGUGCCUUUGUCCAAUGAAUCCUGGUGUAUGUCAUUCGCUAAGUACUUGGAGCUCCGGUUUUAUGGCAACCAGUAUUCCCGAAGAGCCAACGCCGAACCUUGCGGACAUUCCAUACACCACAACUACCACCAGUAUUUCUCCUAUAACCAGAUGGUUGCUUCGUUCAGCUACUCCUCCAUCAGACUGCUCGAGGUUUGUGUGCCAGUGCCUAAAAUCUACAUCAAGCAGCACACCCCGGCCAAAGUGUCCAUCCUACAAGACUUAAAGGACUUCUCCCAGAAAGUGACGCAAGUAUAUUUGGCAGUGGACGACCGGCUCACGUCUCUAAAGACCGACACGUUCAACAAAACAAGAGAGGAAAAGAUGGAAGAUCUGUUUGCCAAGAAAGAGAUGGAGGAGGUGGAAUUUCGGAACUGGAUAGAGAAGCUUCAGGCCAGGAUGCUCGCCUCCAACAUGGACACGUCUCAGCAGCUUCAGUCUGUCUUCGAAUCAAUGAUCGUGAAGAAGCAAUCCUUAUGCGAGAUGCUGCAGGCCUGGAACAACAGGUUGCAGGAGCUUUUUCAGCAGGAAAAGGGUCGGAAGCGCCCGUCCGUGCCGGCCAGCCCUGGGAGGAUGAGGCAGGGGGAGGAGAAUAAGGGAAGUGGGACGGACGCUUCUCCGCGCAAUUCUUCUCCUGCACAGAACGGGGACAGAGACGAUCGGUUCAUGACCACCUUUUCUCAAAGCUCUACGCAUCUUCAGAUCCCCAGCCCUCCAGAGCUGGUCGCUGACCAAGUCUUUACCGGAACAUCCAAUGCGGCAGAGAUGGACACUGCCAGCAGCUGCGAAGAUGUCUUUGAUGGGCAUCUAUUGGGUUCCACAGACAGCCAAGUGAAGGAGAAGUCUACCAUGAAAGCCAUUUUCGCUAACCUGCUUCCUGGAAACAGCUAUAACCCCAUUCCACUCCCUUUUGAUCCAGACAAACAUUAUCUAAUGUACGAACAUGAGCGCGUUCCCAUAGCCGUGUGUGAGAAGGAACCCAGCUCCAUCAUAGCAUUUGCACUCAGUUGUAAAGAGUACAAGACCGCAUUGGAUGACUUAUCAAAAGCUUCUCUGAAGAACUGUCCAGACGACGCGUCUUUGCCCAACAACAUGAUGGAUUACAGACCAAAAACCAGCAGUCCGUCCAGGCUGCCAGAGAACAGCUUGGCUCAGCCAAACCGCGUGGCAGAGGCAGAUCCGCAGAUUGGCGGUAAGAAGGCUUCAGGGGUGUUAUCAUUCUUUCGAGGCACGGGUGGGAAGAGCCCAAACUUAUCCGCUCAGAGAAAAGAAACAUUACGGGGUGCUGACAGCGCCUAUUAUCAAGUAGGGCAGAUGGGCAGAGAAGGUGUAGAGAGCCAAGGAGCUGAACCUCAAGAUGACAGCGACGGUGGAGACAAGCAGAAGAAGCAGGCGGGGAACCCUCAUGUUGAGCUGCAGUUCUCAGAUGCCAAUGCGAAAUUUUACUGCCGUAUUUAUUAUGCCGGGGAGUUUCACCGAAUGCGCAAAGUCAUUUUGGGAAGCAGUGAGGAAGAUUUCAUCCGCUCCCUUGCGCACUGCGUCCCCUGGCAGGCCCGGGGCGGGAAGUCGGGAGCAGCUUUCUAUGCAACGGAAGACGACCGGUUCAUUCUGAAGCAGAUGCCGCGCCUGGAAGUCCAGUCGUUCCUGGACUUUGCCCCUCACUACUUCACCUACAUUACCAAUGCUGUGCAGAUGAAGAGACCGACGGCUCUGGCGAAGAUUCUCGGGGUGUACAGAAUAGGCUACAAAAAUUCCCAGAAUAACACCGAGAAGAAGUUGGAUCUGCUGGUCAUGGAAAAUCUGUUUUACGGCAGAAAGAUGACACAGGUCUUCGACCUAAAGGGUUCCUUGAGAAACCGGAACGUGAAAACGGAGACGGGAAAGGAGAGUUGCGAUGUGGUCCUGUUGGAUGAGAACUUGCUGAAGAUGGUGCGCGACAACCCCUUAUACAUCCGGUCACACUGCAAGUCUGUCCUGCGUGCUUCCAUCCACAGUGAUUCCCACUUCCUCUCCAGCCACCUCAUCAUUGACUACUCUCUGCUGGUGGGACGCGAUGACACCAUGGACGAGCUCGUUGUCGGAAUUAUUGAUUACAUUCGCACAUUUACUUGGGACAAGAAGCUGGAAAUGGUGGUCAAGUCUACUGGUAUCUUGGGUGGCCAAGGUAAAAUGCCGACGGUGGUGUCCCCGGAACUCUACAGAACGCGGUUCUGCGAAGCAAUGGAUAAGUAUUUCCUUAUGGUGCCUGACCACUGGACGGCGCUUGGCGGCAACUGCUGACAUUCUCUGCGGGAAGCUUGUUGUGUCCUUCCAGCACAAAGACUUAU